UUGGUCUUCGGGGUUUGUUGUAGUGCAGAUCUUUGUCUUUUGGACUUUUCCGUGUUGAGUAUUUUCGGCACACUGGAGCUCUAAGCUUAAGCAAAUACACAGACGACAUGCACCGUCGCUCUCGUCUCCAGUUCUUCAACAUGUUCGACCACCCGAUGCCCCGGGCCUUCCAGAACCGCUUCUCCACGCAGUACCGCUGCUACUCCGUGUCCAUGCUGGCGGGGCCCAACGAUCGGUCAGACGUGGAGAAAGGCGGAAAAAUUAUAAUGCCCCCCUCCGCACUGGAUCAGCUAAGUAGACUUAACAUCACGUAUCCCAUGCUAUUCAAACUGACCAAUAAGAACUCAGACAGAAUGACUCACUGUGGUGUGCUGGAGUUUGUGGCCGAUGAAGGGAUCUGUUACCUACCCCACUGGAUGAUGCAAAACUUGUUACUGGAAGAAGGAGGCUUGGUCCAAGUUGAGAGUGUCAAUCUCAUGGUGGCAACAUACUCUAAAUUUCAGCCCCAAAGCCCAGACUUCCUAGAUAUCACAAACCCUAAAGCUGUAUUAGAGAAUGCAUUGAGAAACUUUGCCUGUUUGACUACAGGGGAUGUAAUUGCCAUCAACUACAAUGAAAAGAUCUAUGAGCUACGUGUCAUGGAGACCAAACCAGAUAAAGCAGUAUCCAUUAUUGAAUGUGAUAUGAAUGUGGACUUUGAUGCUCCACUUGGUUACAAAGAACCUGAGAGACCCACACAGCACCACGAGGAACCAGCUGAGGAAGAGUCAGACCCCAGUAACUAUGAGAUGGAUAUUGGAUUUAGAGCAUUCACGGGCUCAGGGAAUCGUCUUGAUGGGAAGAAGAAAGGCAUCGAACCCAGCCCUGCUCCCAUCGGCCCCAGUGACAUCAAACGGGGAAUUCCUAAUUAUGACUUCAAGAUUGGAAAGAUUACUUUCAUCAGGAACUCCAGACCACAGCCUCGCAAAACAGAGGAGGAUGACUCGGUCAGCAGCUUCAUCGCGUUCUCGGGCGAGGGUCAGUCCUUGCGCAAAAAGGGCAGGAAGCCUUAAUCUCACACACUCACCAGCAUCAUGCAAUAAACGCAUCUGGCAAACUGCU